GCCACCAAAAAAUUGUAUUGAUUAUUGAGGGAAACCGGGAACUACCGAAUUUCGUUCCUUCGCAGGGCGUCAAACGGUCAAGGUAUGGUCGCGAGGUCCCUGUGGCGCGCCGGAGCGAAGGUCGCGAUGGCGGCCACCGCAAUAGGUGGUGGUGCCGCAGCGGCCUCCAUAGCUGCCUCCGACGACCCCUCUAUGGCUCUUAAGCUCUGCACCACCGUCCCGGUCCGCCUCGUUCGCCUUUCGUUCACCGUCGCUACCGUUGCCUUCGAUUACGAAUAUUCACUGUGGAGAUUAGCUGAAGGGAGUAGUGAGAGGGAAAAAGUUAAGCAUGAAGUACACCUUAGAUCUGCUCGCAGAAUUCAAGAGUUAUGCUUCAAAAAUGGAGGAAUAUAUAUUAAGCUUGGUCAGCAUAUCAGUCAGUUGGAGUAUUUGGUGCCCCAAGAAUAUGUCCAGAUAAUGAGAGAAUAUAUGUUGAACAGAUGCCCAGUAUCCCCAUACGAUCAAGUGUGUGAAGUGGUCAAGAGAGAGCUUGGUGAAACACCGGAUAAGAUCUUUUCUGAAUUUAAUCCUGAUCCAAUAGCUAGUGCUUCCCUUGCUCAAGUGCAUGUUGCUCGCACCCACGAUGGGCAGAAAGUUGCUGUGAAGGUGCAGCACACUCAUAUGACUGAUACUGCGGCUGCAGAUCAUGCUAGUGUUGCAUUAAUUGUGAAUACCAUAUAUCGACUUUUUCCUUCUGUUGAUUAUAGGUGGUUGGUUGAUGAGAUCAGUGAAAGUUUGCCAAAGGAACUUGAUUUCUUAGGCGAGGCCAGGAACAGUGAGAAAUGUCUGGAUAACUUUCGGAAGUUGUCUCCUCAUAUUGCGGACUAUGUGUAUGCUCCAAAGGUCUAUUGGAACUUAAGUACCUCAAAGUUAUUGACCAUGGAGUUUAUGGAUGGUGCUCAAAUAAAUGAUGUUCGGGCCAUUCAGAGGCUUGGGAUUCAACCAUCAGAAGUUGCAAAAUUAGUUAGUCAUACAUUUGCUGAGAUGAUAUAUAAGCAUGGAUUUGUGCACUGUGACCCUCAUGCUGCAAACUUGCUUGUCCGUCCCUUGCCUUCUGGCAAAAGGAGCAUAUGUGGCAAGAGGAAGCCACAGUUGGUACUUUUGGACCAUGGGCUGUACAAAGUUCUCGACUCCAACAUAAGAUUUAACUAUGCUUCCCUUUGGAAGGCUUUAAUAUUUUCUGAUGCUGAGGCAAUAAAGGAAAACAGCAAGAAAUUGGGUGCUGGGGAAGAUCUUUAUGCAUUGUUUGCUGGAAUUCUUACCAUGAAACCUUGGAAUCGAGUUGUUGACCCAGCAGUUGACCAUUUGGUCAUUCAAGGAACUGACGAUGAACGUUCAGAACUACAGAUGUAUGCUUCACAGUAUUUUCCCCAAAUCUCAGAGCUCCUUAGGAAAUUACCACGUGUAAUUUUGUUGAUGCUGAAGACAAAUGAUUGUUUGAGGGCGGUUAACAAUUCUCUGUUGCAGGGAUCUUCCCUGGAGACAUUCCUCAUCAUUGGGAAGGUAUCAUCUGAAGCAGUUAUCGAGGCAAAAUUAGCAGAAAAUAAGUCGUUUGCAUGUUGGUUAAAUGUUUGGUUAGAUGAAGUAAUGUUGGAAGCUCGAAUCUUCACAUUGCAGCUAGCUUUAUGGCUUUUAAAUCUCAAAAAAACUUUACUUUGGUGAAGGAAGGUGUGAAAACGCAUCAAUACGUAAGGAUCAGUUUUGUCAUCUUACUUUUAGAAGAGUCUUCAUUCUUUCUCUGUGGUCGAAUUCCCUUCUGUUCUUGCUGGGUUGUCGAACACAGAUCGAUUAUACGGCGAAGAGUUGAAAACUAGUGUUUGCGAGACAGAUUACUUUGUAAAACCCCAUGAGACUAUGAGAUGAUAGAAAAUAUGUAUUACAUAUUCAUUUGUGUCAGCCAAUAAAUGGUGGAUGUUGCAAGAGAAGCAUCCCUUUUUGGAUA